UCAUGCUUGGGCUUCGUUGGAUCCAGAAGAUUAAUGACACAACGGAUUGAACAAUUGCUCUCAUUUUUCCUGUUCCUGUCGUGAUUGCUUGUUGGUCUUGGCAACAGUACUAGUCUGUAGCACACGGUGGAAGCUCGAAAGCCAUGCCCCAAAAGUCACACCAUUGGGAGUUAAACCACAAUCUUUAAUCCCUCAAAUGAUAAACAAAUUUAAACCAUCGUGUCAUGUGAGCAGUACAAUCAUUUAGGCAUGACAAAAGUUAAUUCGUUCCAGCAAUACCCUCUAAAAAACCACUCGGUGACAACAGGCGGUCCGCAAACACCUCUCUGAUUCCUUUCUAUUAUACGUCUGCGGGAAGUCUUCAACGGUUUUCAGCCAUUUUCCCCAAAGCCAGGAAAGAGAGGAGUUGGGCGAGCGGAACAGUGAGAGACUCGGUUGGGGGAGUGAGAUCCAGAGGCCCAACUGACUCCUUUUCUGUGAGAGGCCCUGAUCCAGCCUGACCAUCAGCCAGCAAACUUGACUUCCAUUCACAGAGGCAAAACCAGACCGAGUGACACGGAAGCAUCUAGCCGUUUGUCAGCGUCUAGCAACUACUAGAAGACGAGUGAGCCGAACAGCGGGGCGGGCAGCUAUGUUGAUCAUCUUAGUCCUCAUCAUCCUUUUCCAUCUGGCUGCAGCCACUCUCCUCUUUGUUGCAACCAUACAUAAUGCAUGGUGGUUGGUGUCACCACCUGGACGGGAUGUGCUCUACUCGGACCUGUGGUACUCCUGCAACACCACCUGCUUUCCUAUCGCCAAAAGCCACACUCCUGACGCAGCCUACCUGCAGACGGUCCAGGCCACCAUGAUCCUGGCCACCAUUUUAUGCUGUAUCAGCUUCUUCGUCUUCAUUCUUCAGCUCUUCAGGCUCAAGCAAGGAGAGCGAUUCGUCUUCACCGCCAUUAUUCAGCUGUUGGCCUCUGUGUGCGUGAUGAUGGCGGCCUCCAUUUACACGGCUCAGAACAAGUCCUUCCACCAUAGCAGUCUCCAUGAUGGCUCGUACGGAUCCUCCUAUAUUUUGGCCUGGGUCAGCUUCCCAAUGACUCUAAUUAGUGGUCUCAUGUACUUGGUGCUUAGAAAACGCAAGUAAAUGUCAACUUCUGGGCAUAGAGUAUCGACAUCGAAAUACUUGGAUGGACAGUGAAUACCCAAGAAGAUAAUUGUGCAGUGCGCUCACAUAGUAGUAGAGAGGCAAUAUGUAUGCGAUUUUCCCCCCCAAACAAAACAACAAA